AUGUACUUCGUACUCGGCACGCUAACGCGUCGGCGCGCCGAUCACCACGGUUGUGCGGUCCACAUGAUUGGCUCGCAUAGCUACCGCCCCACAUUGGCUGAUUUCAUUGGUUCGCAUACACCUGUCAAUUCAUACAGUAACGAGAUGUUCUAUAUUGUGGGUGCUCGGCUGGAGGAGCUAGAAUGGUACGCUUUGAAGGCGACGCCCUCGUUGAAAGAAAAGAUCGAAGUGAUCGUCCCCGGCAAAGGGAGCAACUCGCCGAGUGACACCGCGCAGAGUUCGCUCAGCGGCACUCCCGGUACAAACACGCCGGGCCCCGGCAACCAGUGUUAG